AUGUCACUUCGGAAGCAGGGGAGAAUUCCGCAACUGCAAAUGCAGCGACCAGAGCAAGCCCAGGAAGAGGGAGAGGGAAAGCCUGCUUGGCUGCAACGCGGUCUUCUUCGGUUGGACAGACGCGUUUCUCUUCCAGAUGUUUUAUUUACUCCUUUGUCUUCACCGAGGCAGAGCGUGCCCCGUGAAUAUGCAGCUUCACGCUUGAAGCGUGUCGGGGCCAGCAACAGCUCUUUUGAUGAGGACUUGUUAAGCUACACGACGCCGCUUUCCCCGCAACCCCCGCAGUUGGCCUUUGACGUGCUCACGAGUAGCCAUACACACGGCACCAACACCUCUCCGUGUACACGCCGCUCGAGUGAGGCCUUCUCGGUAUCCUUUCAACGCAGCCUUGACAACGGGGUGAAGGCUGGGUGCGGCACGGACAAGGAGCCGGCGACGGAGGACACCGUGCUCCGCCGUCCUCUGGAGAGCUCGUGCGUGCGAAGCCGCGUGCCCCUGCCGUCCGCGGGCGUGACUCCACGCGUGUUUGUAGACACGCCAUCGUACUGCCAGACCUCUAUUUCGGGCUCCCUCGGCGAGAGCGGCAUACAACCCCCGUUUCUGCUCGCUACUUCCACUCCUAAUUGCACUCCUCUUGCUGCUUCUGUCGCCGCCGCGGCGGGUGGUCCAUCCCCGCUGAACGUGCUACGGACCGCGCGGUGCCCCCAGAGAGUCGUCGUCGACGUGGCACACACAACGUUGAAUGGGCACCGAAACUCACAGGAGGAUGCUGUCUGUAUUCAUGAGCGGGUGGCGUUUCCCUCGGACUGCGUCGCGCGGGAAGGGCUACACGCGUCGUGUUCAUCGACGUACUCCCUCUACGGCGUAUUUGAUGGGCACAACGGGGGCCGCCUCUCCAACGUGGCCUCCCUGUACUACCUCGAACACGUGGACGAGGCCCUCCGCAGAGCACCGCCGUCGCUCACAGCGUGUGAAGUGACAGCAACGACUACAAGAGUUCGUCCUGUUCCCGCGGGUGGCGGCGUCGAUGCGCACGCCAAUGCGUCUGCACCUCGCAGUGCUACUCCCCCGCAGCGCUUCCUAAGCAAUGCGCUAGUGCAGUCACUCGUUCACCUUGACCGGACCUUGUAUGAGACAACGCCGCCUGGGCGACGGGACCGCUCGGGCACUACUGCGGGUAUUGCUGCGCUUUAUCACGGCGCACCAACGUCACCGGACGGCCACGUCCCGUGCUACCUCUCGCUAGCGAACCUUGGUGACAGCCGCGCAGUGCUGGCCCGACUAUCGGAUGGUCGCGUGCUUGUGAGCACAUGCGACCACCGCGUCUCAAGCUACCCCUCCGAGAAGGUGCGUGUGGAGCGGUGCGGCGGUUGCAUCGAGUGGGAUCGCGUCGACGGCGCACUGGAGGUCACACGGUCGCUGGGGGAUUUCGCCUACAAGCUACCACCAGAAAAAUGGUUGGCACAGCCCGGUGUCUGUGCCACAGCCGUCGCUCAGCAGGACAGUAAAACGCCCCUUUUAGAUGCCACGGCACCUCCGGCGCAGGGCAACACAGCUGCAUGCAGACGCAACAACAACACUAGGAACAGGAGCAUGCGCUGUGUUCCUGGGGAAGUGCCACCGUUUUCUUUUGAUUCUUUUGACGGGAGCUUGCGAGCGUCGCCGUUGCCCCUAAACGAUGAUAGCGCGGCGCAAGAUCUUGUGGAGGCCGUACCUUGCCUAGUAGAUAACGUCGUGAGCAACGUGGCCGAUGUGUAUGAGGCGGAGUUGACAGCGGACAAUUUUCUCGUACUCGCCUCGGAUGGGCUGUGGGACCGCAUGGGCACGGAGGGGGUCGUUGAGUUUGUGCGCACGCGCCUCCUGCAAUCGGGCCUCUUUUCUGGGGGCAACGUCCCACAGCCGCAGCCGCCCCUCUCCGCCUCAGGCCGCUCCAGCGCGCGGAGCAGCCCAAGUAGCCUCGUAUCGGAGCUCCCACGCACCGUGGCGCACACGCCGCCACCCACUUGCUUUGGCGGCUCGCAAUCCGCGGAGCCGAAGAGCCCACUCUUGUCGGCGCAGCUUUUCUCGGAUGCGGGGGUUCGGAGCGAGCACGAUGACGAUCCGCCGUCAAGCUACUCCACCCCGCCGCCGCAGUGCGCUAUCAGCAGGUGGGAGCAAAAGGAGAGUUUUGUCGGCAGCCCGUGCAGCUGCGGGGCCCCACGGCGUGUGCUGCAGGCGGUGGCAAACAGUUUAGCCGACCACGUGUUGCAUCACCUGCACAGCGCUGACAAUGUGACGCUCCUCCUUAUGCUCUUCCAUCACGGAGAGUGA